UUCCCAGCAUUGUUCGAUAAUAUCUCAAUUUUAUCAAUGCCAAUUGUUAUUGAAUUAUGUGUAGUGUGUGGUAAAGCAUAUAUAAGUGUGUUGAUUUAAUAAAAUGCCUUAAUAAAUCGAAAUAUAUCGGAAUAAGUGCAGUAUAGUAACCACGGUUAUGCCCGUUUUGUCCCGUUAAAAACAGCACGGUAUAGAUUAGGUUUGUCGAGUUAAGCGGCGAGAUAAAAAGGAAAACAUAUUUAUCAAUUUCAGUCAAUUGUUUAAACAUAUUUGCCAACAUAUCCUUCAUAGCUGCUGAUCUCAGUUAGGAUAAGCCAAUUUUUCUUCUGAAACAUAUUUUGAUUUUUCUGCAUAUGGCAACACCCAUCGUUUUAAUUUGAAUGUUAUCACAGUGAUUAUAAAGGAUUAGUAUCAAUUGUGAGUAAAAUUUUAAACUGUUUUUGAAAUCUCGAGUGUGGUGGCGCCUGUCAAGGAAAUCCGCACUAACUGAUUAGGGAAAUGAAGAAUUUUGAUAAAAUAUGGAAAAGUGGCUAUAUAGCUGAUAGGAUUUCAUAUGUACAGUUACGUUUUGUCGGCUACUUGGAUCACUAAGUCACGUAAUGAAGUGUUUAGUUGGGUGUACGCUGUUGAUAGGUUUUGCCUUUGCAACUUUUCAGGCGCAAAACUCAAAAUUUGUAUUUCCCAAAGAAAGAAGUUCUGUAAACUCGUCAGCUCUGGAAAUAGUUGGAGGUGACGAAGCAUCUCCAAACCAGUUCCCUUACCAAGUGGCUCUUUACAUUGAAUAUGAUCUGGUCAGUGCAUUUUGUGGUGGUUCCCUGGUAUCAUCCAACUACGUCUUAACAGCUGCUCAUUGUGCUUUGGGAGCAAUUUCCUUCGAUGUAAUCCUUGGAGCCCACAAUAUAUCGGAUAACAGUGAGCCAACGAGGCAACGUUCAACUACCUCGAAAUAUGUCGUUCAUCCGGAUUGGAAUAGUACAUCACUCACCAAUGAUUUAGCUCUAAUAGAGCUUGAAACGCCUAUAACACUUAAUGACUUUGUGAGUGUUGUAUCAUUGGCUGUAGGCAAUAACUCUUUUGCUGAUAGCGAGGGUACUGCUUGUGGAUGGGGUAAAACUACCGACAGCCAAGUAGGAACUACUGACGUGUUACGUUAUGAAACUAGUAUCAUUCUAAGCAACGACGACUGUAAAAAUGUCGAUUCUAAUUACGAUGAAGAAAUUAAAAACACGCAUCUGUGCUUAGCGGGUGACGGCAUUAAAAGCAUAUGUAAAGGAGAUAGCGGUGGGCCAUUAGUAGCAGACAAUGUACAAGUGGGAAUCACUUCUUUCAGCUAUCGAAGUUGCGAGGCUGGAAAGCCGUCAGUGUUCACUAGAGUUACAGAAUUCACCCAAUGGAUUCAAGAAAAUUCCGAUGUGAUAUUCGCGUAAUUCGGGAUAAUAUUACUUUACAUUUAAGAUUAAAAUAAUAUGUGAAACACGUUUUCAUAGAUUAUUCACAAUUUUCACGGUGACCACUGCCUGUUGCAGUGAUUUUUUAGCCUCAAUAAAUCUACAACAAUCA